AUGGGUGCGCCUCCGCGGAGGUGGCCCAUAUACGCCACCAAACGCAUGGCGGAGGUGCUCCCGCAGCUCUGCGCAGUCGGUGACCGGCAUACAUUGGUCGCAAACGUCGUGUUUCACUUCGUUGGCUCCAGCAACGUGCCAAGUGAACGCAUGUCGAGGUAUUUCAAGCACGGCUACCUGCAGGCGCUCAACUACGUGUACUCGGACCGCAGCUUCAAAGAGCCUCCUCUGGCACUCUCCACGGUGCAGCACGCCCGCGAGAUCAUAUUCUCGCCACUCAACCGGCGGCUGGUGCGGGAGGUGAGCCCUGCCAUGCGCCCGCAGCCGCUGGAGGACCUCGCUGGCAACAUCGAGGCCGCCCUUUACAGGUGGGAAGACUUUAUAGGUGGCAUUACAUGUGGCUCCAGAUUCGCGAUGUACAACACCCGGGCGAAGGAAUCCGUAUGCGCCAACGGACUGUUCCGCGCGGUGGGCGCACGGGAGUUCCCGCGGACGGUGACGCUGUUGCGCCUCAACCACAAACUGCUUAGCACUUUGGAGGCGAUCACUGUCAACGAAUACUUCGUGGACGCCUUUGCUGCAGCAACGGAGGUCGCCCAACUUGAGGCUGUGGAUAUGGCGUUGAUGCUGCUCCAACAGCAGGAUCGCCCGGAUCUGUAUGCACCGUUUGUGGCUGGAUCGUGGCGCGCUGCAGACGUGCUUCAGAAAGUUGUGGAGUCGGAGUCGAAGACGGCGUUGGAGCACUUUUUUGCUUCGGCGCCGCAGUCGACAAUAGCACAGGCGUGUGACAUGCUGCGUUCGACCGACGUCAAAACUGGUAUGGGUGCAUUCCAGCAUAUGACCAAUGGUUGCAGGAACCUCAUCACACGCCGCUCCACUGAUGCUGCCGCUAUCACUGGAGCGGCGGUGCCGAGUGCCAACCACCUAGAACUCGGAGACGACGAGGACAUAAGUGAUUUCGGCGACUACACGAAUACGCCUCAUAUGGUGGACACAGUGGCCGACCUCAUCCACAUGUUGAAGGCAUUGAAGCGAUAUGCACAGCAGCACGCGGGGGCUCGAGACGGGUUGGUGUCGGUUCACAUCGAGCGUGACGCUGCUGCGUUCUGCACUGCGCGAUCUGCCUUCAUCGUGGACCUACUAGUCGGCGAUCCACUGUAUCAGUCGACAUUGUUCCAGCUGCUGGCGUGGCUGUGGUCCAACAGCGGUCUGCUGAAGGUCGGACACAACCUGCUGCCAAAGGUGGCAAAACUCGCCUCACAGUUCGACAGUCCGUUCACGGCAUACGUCAACAUGGUGGAUCUGAGGAACAAGCGCUCCAGCUCUGGAACGAGUGUGGGCGACGAGGCGGUCACCAGGUUCAGGGAAACAGGUGAUUCCGCCACCCCUCAUUUUAACGUAUCGGCAGGAAUAUCGCGCACGCUGAAGGGUCUGCUGCAGGAGUACAGUAUAGCGGUCCCUCAAUUCGACAGACACUGGGGUGCGGAGCAGCGGCCCAUAUGCCCCUCAAGGGCCCGCUACAUGGAGCAGUUGGCGACGGGCAUUCUCAGCAUCGAGCGACAGCUGAGGGAAGAAGGGUGGAUGCCUACCGAUUUCUGCGAUCUGAGUUCGUAUGAUAAUGGUAGAGCGUGCUUGCGAGGAACUAGAGCAGCGCAUAGAAAAUGCACUGCUGUGAGCAGCUGCGUGAAAAAGCGCGGAAGAUUCCUCGACUCACACAACGAGGAAACCGCUCAUACACAUCCAUUCACAACUUCGAUGGAUAUCAAGCCGAAAAGUACAGCGCAACCGUCGGAACAGCUGAGGCCCCGUCUCGCCAAUUGGCACAGCAGCUCAAGCGCCAGCACGCGGGUAACCACCAGCUCGUCGCGCGAAAGCGGAGGCAAGCGCGUGAACGGGUUCGCGCCAUGUGUGGAGCUGCCUUCCGGAGGCCAGAGGCGCCGCUGUAACGCCUAUGCGGGACCGGCAUUGCCAUAUUCGGAAAGCGGCGCUAGCCUUUCGCGCAACCACACACCGAGAUGCGGACAGACCAUCGUACGCAAGGACGCGCCUCGCGGUCAUCAUGACCUGUUCCUGUGGGACGACGAAUCGGGGCUCAUCAUCAAGUACCCUAUGUACGAGGAGCAGCAGAACAGCCGUAGGUCCCCGUACACGUGCCCGUGGUCGCUGGUGCCAGUUUACCCCGAGAACAAAAAGGAUGACGACGAUGUACAGACAGAUACACGGGUUCUGAACUGGAGCUUGCAGGUCGUCGAGCAAUACCUCAAAGCGGCGAUCGAGAUCGCUAAAUCGGAAAAUGGCAACGAGCGCAAGCCAGCGUGA